AUGCCGGUGGGACACCAGUUUAGUCCUUACACAUCGAAUGGUGGUUCUAUCAUGGCUAUACAUGGUGACGACUAUUGCGUGAUUGCUGGCGACACGCGCCAAAGCGAGGGAUACAACAUUCAGACACGAUACAAGCCUAAAGUAUUUCGUUUAACCGACAAAGCCACUCUAGCAACAAACGGAUUUGCUGCAGAUGCUGAGGCGCUUGUUGCACGAGUAAAGACACGUCUUGAGAUGUAUCAACAUACUCACGGUCGGUCCAUGCCAUUACAUGCGAUAGCUCGGAUGCUAUCGACCAUUCUGUACAGUAAGCGCUUCUUUCCCUACUACGUUUACAAUAUUCUUGGCGGCAUUGAUGAAGAAGGUCGAGGCGCUGUGUAUGGGUAUGAUCCUGUGGGAAGUUACGAGCGCAUCGUAUGCUGUGCGAGUGGGGCAGCACAAGGUCUGCUCCAGCCUUUCUUGGACAACCAAGUGAUGUUUAAAAACCUAAACUCAACGGCUGAGACAAAGAUUCCAGAGCCAGGGCAUCUACCAUUACAGCAUGCCUUGCGGAUUGUGAUGGAUUCAUUCACGUCUGCCACUGAGCGACAUAUCGAGGUGGGCGAUGGUCUUGAAGUGUUUGUGGUGCGAUCGCUUCAACCGAAAGCUGGCUCAUCUUCGUGUGCAGCUGAAGUGCCCCUUGAGCAGCAUGGUGCUGUAGAUGCCCUGGGUGGUGAGGACGCGUUCCAACCUGGCGCUUGCAUGGUGAUUCGACGUGAACUCAAGAAAGACUGA